AAACCGCUUCAAUUCUCUGCUCUAUUACUAGUAGCGAUUUCUCUUGCAACUCUCUCUCCGUAUUCGGAAUCGAAGGGUCUCUGCGAAAUGGCCACACUGGGAGGCGUGCACGAAUCACAAGGAGGAGCAUCUCAGAACAGCGCCGAGAUCGAAGGCCUCGCUCGCUUCGCCGUCGAAGAACACAACAAGAAAGAGAAUGCAUUGCUGGAGUUUGCAAAGGUUGUGAAGGCGCAUGAACAGGUGGUUGCCGGUACCUUGCAUCAUCUUACUAUUGAAGCCAGCGACGCGGGUAAGAAGAAGAUAUAUGAAGCAAAGGUUUGGGUGAAGCCAUGGUUGAACUUCAAAGAAUUGCAGGAGUUCAAGCAUGCUGGAGACUCACCACCGGCAUUUACCUCUUCAGAUCUUGGUGUUAAGAAAGAUGGGCAUGGCCCAGGAUGGCAAGCAGUGCCAGCACAUGAUCCCCAAGUUCAGGAUGCGGCAAAUCAUGCUGUCAAGACCAUCCAGCAGAGGUCUAACUCGUUGUUCCCUUAUGAACUUCAAGAGGUUGUUCAUGCAAAGGCAGAGGUGAUAGAAGAUUUUGCAAAGUUUGACCUGGUUUUGAAGGUCAAGAGGGGAAGCAAAGAAGAGAAGUAUAAAGUGGAAGUACACAAGAACAAGGAAGGUAACUUCCAUUUGAAUCAGACGGAGACACACGAGUGCUGAAUUAGUUUACCAUUUGUAAUCUCAUAAAAAAAAAAUAUAAAUAUUUUAUGGUCUACGUGUUUAUAUGCUCUCUUUGGGCUCUCGUAUAUGUAUUUCUGCUUAUGUGUUGAUUUUAAAGCGUGUACGCCUUCUAAAAUAUCUAUAUGUAUGGCGAUAUUAUUCUC